AUGUCUUCCUUGGCGAUCUACCAGUCUCACGGGAAGCCUCGGCCGCCAGCCAAAGGCAGCUUUCCAAUCGACCAUUUGGGCGAGUGCACAGACGUGAAGAAGAAAUAUUUGGCAUGUCUCUCGCGCCGCCAGCGCCUUCCCGCCUCCAGAGACGGAGAGGACGACAGCCCCUCUGAGUGGGUUUCCGAAGCUGUGACGCGGAAAUGGGACCACCUGCCUUGCCGGCAAUUGGCGCAGGAAUACCUGCAGUGCCGCAUGCAACACAACCUAAUGGCCCCGGAGGAUCUCUCUUCACUGGGAUUCAAGGCGCGAACGAAGGAUCGACGAGAUCCUCGCACAGACGCCUCUGCAGGCAGUCGCGCGACACCCGACCCACUCAGACAGAGUUCACCGCCUUCCUCAGGAGCCCCGCAGCGACCGGGGUCGUCUCCGCCCCUCUACCCAGGCCUGACGCUCACUCGGUCGCUGCUCCAGCAUCGCCAGGUUCUUCAUCUGCAGGCGAAACCCAGCGCUGAGCCGCACGCGGGCUCCGACGCGCCGCCCGCCGGAGGUUCCACGGAAGACAAAAGACAUAAGAAAGAGAAGAAACCGAGAGUCCGAACCAAAGAGGAUGAAGGAUUUAUAGCGGGGUGCGGGGCGAUUCGGCCCUACUCGGAGCGGGGGUUUUUCGGACGACUUUUCUCCCGCUAUUCCUGGUCAAGCGACUUCUUCAAAGCCCUGUACUCGAACGUGACUGCGUCUCUGCUCUCGCCGCAGAAGUGA